UCUUCUAUAUGCUGGAAGCUUUCUUGGUUCCUUCUGUGAAUUUGUAUGCAUCUUACUUGUAAUGAUGCGGCCUUCUUAACAUAUUCCCUUUUAUCUCUCGAUCAAAAAAAUCUGCGACCACUUGCUCUCCUCACCCACAUGUGGUAUAAAGAAAUUUUACUGGCUAAUAAAGAGUUUCUCGCCAAUCUCUAUGUAAGAAUAUAAAUUAAUCCACAAGAAUCUCAAGUUUGACUUAUGGAAACAAUGAUAUGAGAGUCUCCAUCAGUCCAUCUUCAUUUUUACUCCAUUACAUACAUUUCUUUGUUGCUUCAGAUUCCUGAAGAAGAUGAGGUUAUAAGGAAAGAAAAAGGAGGAGAAGAAGAAAACAAAGAAUGAUGGAAACAGGGAGUGGAAGUGGUGGUGGCUCGAUGGACCUUGUUCGCUUCACUGCACAAGUUCUCCGGGGCAGAUGGUUCAUGCUUUUUGCCUCCGUCCUCCUAAUGGGUUGUGCUGGUGGGACUUAUGUUUUCGGAAUCUACUCCAAAGCAAUUAAGAGAACUCUCGGGUACGAUCAGACGACACUUAACUUGAUUGGUUUCUUCAAAGACCUUGGAACUACUGUUGGGAUUUUCUCUGGGCUUAUAGCUGAAGUGACUCCAAACUGGUUUGUUCUACUUGUUGGUGCAUCUUUGAACUUUGUUGGAUACUUCAUGGUGUGGAUUAGUGUAAGUGGCCGUAUUUCGAAACCCCACAUUUGGCAGAUGUGCCUCUAUAUCUGCAUUGGUGCUAAUUCUCAGAAUUUUACCCUCACAAGUGUUAUGGUCACCUCUGUAAAGAACUUUCCAGGCAACCGAGGAACACUAUUGGGUCUUCUAAAGGGAUUCACUGGCCUAAGUGGAGCCGUCAUGACGCAACUUUACCUGGCCAUCUAUGGUAACAACUCUACGUCUCUAAUCCUCUUCAUUGCAUGGUUUCCUGCUGUUAUAUCUAUCUUCUUUGUCUAUGCAAUCCGUUUGAUUAAAGUCGUUGGGCAGUCGAAUGUCGAAGGGAGAGUUAUUUACAAGUAUCUCAUGAUAUCUGCUGUGCUAGCUCUAUUUAUAAUGGGUAUAACCAUAACUCAGAAACAAAAAACCUUCUCCCAUGCCGAAUAUGUUGUAACUUCAACUGUUGUGUGUAUCUUACUCUUCAUUCCUCUAGCUGUAUCAGUUAAAGAAGAGCUUGUACUCUGGAAUCUAAUGAAACAAAACUUUAUGCCACCAAAUAUUUUAACUAUUGAAACCCCAUCUCUUGUGGACCCGAUUCCUCUUUCAUUGACUACGAGACAAUCAGCAAGAGAAGAGAACCCAAAACCAACAGUUUCAUGCUUUUCAGACGUUUUCAAUCCCCCGGAGAGGGGAGAAGAUUAUACCAUUUUGCAGGCAGUACUGAGCAUUGACAUGUUAUUGCUCAUUAUCGGUUCAUUCUGUGGACUCGGUACUAGUCUCACAGCGAUAGACAAUUUGGGGCAAAUUGGUGAAUCUCUUGGCUACCCAACACUUACUAUAAGCACUUUUAUAUCGCUCAUGAGUAUUUGGAACUAUUUCGGAAGAGUUUGUGUUGGUUUGAUCUCUGAAAUCCUCCUUACGAAAUGGAGAUUUCCCAGAACUCUAGUGACGACAAUUGUCCUUCUUGUUUCUUGUAUUGGUCAUAUUCUUAUCGCCUUUCCAAUGCCUGGUUCUAUCUACCUUGCUUCAGUGAUCAUUGGCUUUUGUUAUGGUGCACAAGUAACACUAAUCUACACAGUCUUAUCUGAGCUCUUUGGGCUCAAAUAUUACUCGACAUUGUAUAACUGUGGGACGCUAGCAAUGCCUCUUGGUUCUUAUGUGUUCAACGUAAGAGUUGCGGGGUUCCUUUACGACAGAGAGGCUUUGAAGCAAUUGGAGGUUAUGGGACUUGGUAGGGAUUCAGUGAAGGAAUUGACAUGUAUUGGAAAACAAUGUUACAGGUUAUGUUUUAUUAUAUUAACAGCAGCAACAUUUGUUGGAGCUGUUAGUUCCUUCGUUUUGUUUAUUAGGACAAGAAAAUUCUACCAAGGAGAUAUUUAUAAAAAGUUUAGACAGGAGACAACCCUGGCCAACACACAAGUCGAAGCUUCCGAACUGGUUUCACCAAUGGAUUCUGAUAUCAAACGAAAGGUAUCGGGUAUGUGAGCAACGGGCAUCCGAUUCCGGCCAACAGUUCUCUCAUCAUUUUAUGUUUUCUAAUUAAUUGUGAGUUAAAGUUGGAUAUCUUAAGUGUAACUCCAUCUGUAUACUCCACUGACUCUAGACUCUAGAGAGUGGUCUCACGAGAACCAAAGGUAAAUAAUCCCUUGUGAUUGUUAUACUGUUCUAUUACUGCAUUCUUGUGCAGUACAUGUUUUUUUUUUCUUUUGCAGAGUAAAAUGCAUAUUAGAGUGCAGAAUUUUAGAACUUUAUUUAACCAAAGGUUAGGUCGGACCACCACUAGUGCAUGCGAUUUUCUUUCUCUUUUUCAUACAAGGCAGAGAAUCUGGUGGUCAUUAGAAUAGAUAUAAAAAAGAUAUGGUGGUAAUGGUCCUAAAGGAGAAUCGUGAUAGGGAGAUAAAGAGAAGGUGGUGCGUGGUGGUGAGCAAAAAGAUUCAGCACGCGGUUAUAAAGAGUGUGUUUGAUGCAGAUGUUUCGAGGAAAGUAUACCUACAAAUAAAAUCUUCCUUUUUUGUGAAGGUCCCAUAUAAAACAAUUCACAAUUGAAAUUGAGAUCGAUAUAUGGUAAUGUUUGCUAUUUCGAAUUGCGUUCAUUUUUUUUUUGGUAAAAUGUAGAGUCUUAUAAAUGGAAAAUA